GAAGCAGUUCAAUUCAACCACCUCUCCUCCGCUCAUCAUUUCAGCUUUCUGCUCAGCCAGCGAACAGGUCAAUCCGUUUUCAUUUGCAUAUGGACAGGAAAGCAAAGUGCAUUAGAUUCUAAAUUGUUGCUUGUUGUAAAUGAGUCACGCUGUGCAAUUUCUUAGUUUUAGAUUGAGAAGUUUCUAUUUUAGUAUUAGAAUUGUCUUUUAAGUUGUGUUUUGAUGGUGAUCGAUAAUCCAUCACUAACUUGAAUCCUGGAUGGUUUUUCGGGUCCCUUGCCUUCGCCUGGAGGAAUCUAUUGAACAUUCAUAUUGAGCAGCAACAAAUUUCCUGGAAAAGAUGACUUUGUGGGAGCAGACACAAAAUUUGCCGGAAGGCCUUUUCUCGCAGGUGCGAGCUUUCUAUACUGACAAAUUUCCGAUUGAUGUGCGGCAUGUUCUGGCCAGAUGGCUGGAGGAUCGAGUCUGGACCAAUCACACGGAUCAUGAAUUUAUCAACUCAUUCGCUGAGACUCUGGCUCAAGAAUGUGAGUCCAGUGCUCGAAUGAUGACUUCCAAGGAAAUGCUCAUUCUCAGAUCAAAUCUUCUGGAAGCAGCCAAUAAUUUCAGGACUCGUUAUGCACACAGCUCGCAAAAUCUAUUUGAAUUGGUGAAGCAUCUUCUCAAUCAAGAAUGGAAGUGUAUUCAAGAGUUCCACCCGCAGGCUCAGGAGCCAGUCUACCAGAACGGCGAAAUAACGCUGAAGCUGAGAAAUCUGCAGACACAGACUCAGGAGACGACUCAGGCUAUCCAGACCAUUGACCAGGAGCAGGAGGCUUUCACUCUCAAGUAUCACGAGUGCACCAAGAUCAGUGCUUCUCUUCAACAAUUGAAAUCAUCGCAGGCUCCGAACAAAGAUCUUGAGAAUAGACUUCAGAAUGAUAAGAACUGUAUGGAGGCUCUGCUGCAGAACAAGGUUGGCUUGAUAGUAAACAUGCGCUACAAGAUAGUCGAGCGUCUGAAGGACACAAUUCAACAGCUGUCGCUGGUGCAGGCGCGCAUUCUCGAUGAGGAGAUGCUCAGAUGGAAACGCAACCAGCAGCUGUCUGGCAACGGAGCCAAUUUCAACAGCAAUCUCGACAACAUUCAAGAUUGGUGCGAGAGACUGGCCGAAUUAAUCUGGCUGAAUCGUCAGCAGAUCAAGGAAAUGGAACGAGUCACCCUCAAAGUUAAUCUCAACUUGCCCGUCAACCCGGAUUUGCGUGACCUUGACUCUCAAAUCACUCAACUCCUCUCCUCACUCGUUACAAGCACUUUUGUGAUUGAGAAGCAGCCGCCGCAAGUUAUGAAAACCAAUACUCGAUUCGCAGCCACUGUCAGGCUCCUUGUUGGAGGACAGUUGAAUGUCAACAUGAAUCCUCCUCAGGUAAAAGUGACCAUAAUAAGCGAAUCGCAGGCCAAUGCUCUUCUGAGGAACGACAACUGUGCUAGAGAGGGCAGUGGUGAAAUUCUCAACAACAUCGGAACUAUGGAAUACAAUCAAGGCACUAGACACCUUUCAAUCAACUUCAGAAAUAUGCAGCUGAAGAAAAUCAAAAGAGCAGAAAAGAAAGGAACGGAAUCCGUGAUGGAUGAGAAGUUCUCGCUUCUCUUCACAUCAAAGUUUACUGUUGGAGGUGGAGAACUUGUGUUUCAGGUAUGGACUCUGUCACUGCCGGUGGUGGUGAUAGUACACGGCAACCAGGAGCCACACGCUUGGGCUACUGUGACGUGGGACAAUGCGUUCGCCGAGCCAGGCCGCCAGCCGUUCGUCGUGCCCGAGCGAGUGCCCUGGCCGCAGCUCGCCGAGGCGCUCAACAUGAAGUUCAAGGCCGCCACCAGUCAGGCGCUCUUCGACCAGAAUCUCACCUUUCUCGCCGAAAAGGCUUUCAGAGGAACUUACGUCGGAGAUUACACGAACGCCCUGCUGACCUGGACUCAAUUCUGCAAAGAGCCUCUUCCCGACAGGAGCUUCACGUUCUGGGAGUGGUUCUACUCAGUGAUGAAGCUGACAAAGGAGCACCUGAAGUCGUUCUGGGUCGAUCAGCUGAUCCAUGGAUUCAUCCGCAAGAAGCAGGCUGAAGAGAUGCUCAGCACUUGCGAGGCUGGAACUUUCCUGCUUCGUUUCUCCGAUUCUGAAUUGGGAGGCAUCACAAUUGCAUGGGUCGAUGAAACGUCAGAAGUAUUCAGUCUGCAGCCUUUCUCGAGUAAAGAUUUUGCCAUACGAUCUUUGGCUGAUAGGAUUUCGGAUUUGAAAAAUCUCGUCAAGUUAUACCCGAACAGAUUGAAGGAGGAUUGCUUUGGUCCAUACUGCACUCCAGUUGAAGUUCAGAAGCCGAUCUCGAAUGGAUACGUGAAGCCACUGUUGAUGAAUCAUAUUCCGCCUGUGAGACAGUCUAUGAUGCAGCAGGCAAAGUGUGAGGACCCAAGUAAGCGGGCGACUGCCAAAAUGGGAUUUCCCAACACACCCUCUAUGCUGACCCCGCAGUCUCCAGCCGACACUGUCGUUUCAAACGACCCCGGCAGAUCACCUUACGCACAGGAUUCAUUCAGCCAGGACUCUUUCAGUCAAGAUAACUGUUACAACAACAGCAACAACAACAACAACAACAACAAUGCCAGUGUUGACAACUUCCAGAUACCUGAUCUGGAGGAUUUGGGCAUGGAUAUGCAUCAGUAUGAGGUAGACGAAGAUGACGCGUUUUUACAGUUGUGUCUGCCCAACGUGAUGGGGUAUAAUCCCAACAACCCCGCCAACUGAAAUCGCUCGCUUCAUUUUUGAUUCAAUCAAAUAGCGAAGCUGAGCAUAUUUAUGGAGGCUAAAAUAAUUGAUUGAAAGAUUUGAAACAAUCUAAAAUUGUUAUAGAAUUGAAAUUGAAUUUCUAUUAUAUUAAUGUCAAAUAGCAGAGCUCACAAUAUUUUUAUGAAAGCUAGAAUAAUUAUUGAUUGGAAGGUUUGAAAUUAUCUAAGAUUGAAAUAGAUAUCUGAAAUGGAUUUUCUAUCACAUUCAUGUCAAAUAGCAGAGCUGACUAGACUUAUGGAGGCUUAAAUAAUUGAUUGGAAGGUUUGAAACUUUCUAAAAUUUAAAUAGAUAUAUGAAAUGGAUUUUCUAUAAAAUCGAAAAAUAUCAGAGCAAAUAGCAGAGCUGACUAAACUUAUGAAGGCUUAAAAGGCUUAAAUAAUUGAUUGGAAGGUUUGAAAUUAUCUAAGAUUGAAAUAGAUUUUAUAAUAUUUAUGUCAAAUGAAAGAGCUGACUAGACUUAUGGAGGCUUAAAUAAUUAAUUGGAAGGUUUGAAACUUUCUAAAAUUUGAAUUGAUAAUUAUAUGAAAUGGAUUUUAUAGGCCUUUUCAUGUCAAAUAGCAGAGCUGGCUAAACUUAUAAAGGCUUAAAUAAUUGAUUGGAAGGUUUGAAAUUAUCUAAGAUUGAAAUAGAUACGGUAUAUGAAAUAGAUUUUAUAUUAUAUUUAUGUCAAAUAGCAGAGCUGACUAAAUCUAUGGAGGCUAAAAUGAUUGACUGGAAGGUUUGAGAUUUUCUAAAAAUUGGAAGUGAUAUAUGAAUAGAUGUAUCGUAAUUAUGUCCGUAAAAUAAUCACUAUAACUUCUAAUAAUUUAUUGAUCAGCUUGAUCAAACAGACUUUGAGUACAUGGAUCGAGCUAAAAUAACCAUGAUAACACAUUUCUAAUAAUAUUUAUUCGUGGACUGAAGAAUAAUAUCCCUUAAUACUAGACUUUUCUUGUCCAUGAAAAAUAAAGAGCAGUAAAUUAUUGGUGUACUGCUACACUAAUAGUUUAGUAGAACUGACAAAAUUUAUGGAGGCUUAAAUAAUUGAUUGGGAGGUUUGAAAUCUUUUAAAAUUCAAAUGGAUAUUUGAAAUUACUUUUCUAGAAUAUUAAAACUUUUGAUGACUUGAUCCAAAUAAGCUUCUAAUCAAUCACCGCUUUUUCAACCUGGAUUUCAGAAUCUAUAUCGAUCAAACUAAAAUAACAACAAUUUUUAAAUGUCAAAAAAAUUAAUCAACUGAAAUGAAAUAAAUAAUAAUUUUUGAAUAUAAUAAAUUUUUGUUCUAGACCAUUAGUGUCGAUGAAAAAUCAAGUGCUGUAAAAUAGUAUAGUACUACUAUAGACUAAUAGUACUACUUUUGGAACUUUUUCCUGGAAAUAAUUCUAUAUAUUUAUAACUAACGCAUUCAGCUAAAUCAAGGAGAAUAAUCGUGUUCUAGAACCCCGCCUCCAAAUCAAUAGUUGGGUAAUCAUAGAAACUUGAUGAAACUCAAUCAAUUCCAAGAGUGUAAUGUUUUUGAAAUUUUAUUUAAUGAUAGUCCAACAAGAGGACCUUACUAUGAAUUCCCAAAUAAUCAAAGUUUCGGUUUACUUUAAACAGGACCAACAUCUAUUUACGUGGAGCGUAUUUAUUAAAUGUUAUGGAUCAGUUGCAUUUCAUUUCAUUGAUUACAUCAAAAACAUUACGGAAAGGAAAAAUGUUGCUUUCACUAUCUGAUAGACGGGAUAGGACAUGCUAAUGUCUCAUCCGUGAAGAUUUUUAAAACCUUGGGAUGGUAGGCUAUUUGUGUGGCUUUUAUUAGACGUUUUUGUAACUUUUGUCAAGCUCUGUUAUAUGAGAAAAAAUUGUAUGCAGUAGAGGGCUAACUGCUUUCUAAUGUUUUAAUUCGGAAUUUCUAUCUGAAUAUAGAUUAUACAUUAUAUUGGUAAAGAUGAUGGAUGAAUAAUAUAUUUUUAAAUAUGUUCUACUAUUUAGACCAUUAUUGCCUUAGAAAGUCCAGUCACAUUCUGCCUUAUCAUCUAUUUAUUAUAAAUGAAUUACUAGAAAUCUUAGGAAACAAUUUAUUGUAGAUCAAUGAUAUUAUAUUAUCGUUUUUAUCUACUUUGAUAAUUAAUACGAUUGGUUCAUUAAGUUGAUGAGUUGAUACUUGAGAAGAGUUUCUACAAUUUACUGCUUGAAAUGAAUUGCAAAAAGUAGUAACUUAGUGUAGCCUAAUUCACUGUCUUCUGUAAAGUUUCUGGUAUUUUUGUCAAUUUGACAAGCUUCAACUGCAGAAAUGAUAAUUUAUUUAGAGCCUACUAUUUCGUAAAGAAAUUAAUCAUCCAGUAGUAACCUAAGUAGCCUAAUUCAUUAAAGUUGCUGGUAUUUUUGCCAAUUUUACAAGCUUCAAUUGCGGAAGGAAAUUAAUAUUUAUAGAAUACUAUUGCAUAGCUCUUAGCAGUUGAAUAUUUUUUGAAAAAUAGGCAUUUUUCUACCUCCAAAGGUCUUUCAUUGAAAUUCAUCUUAUUGAUUGGAUUUCUGGAAAAAUUCAUGUUUGAUAUAUAUCCUAUAAUUAUAUAAAUGAUAUAGCAACGCAGUAAAUUUCCUUCAUUUAUGAGUACAGUAAUAAUUAUAUUUUUUAAUUACUCAUAUUGAAAAUAAAAGAUUUUAUCAGAUUGUAGAAAUAUAAUCUAGUGAACUAGAUUACACUAGACACUUGAUAUUUUCUAUUAGUACAAAUACAUACUUUCUAAUUCAAAUUUAUAUGAAAUCUUGCAAAACUUAUCUAGAAAAAUGAAUGCGUUUUGUGUUCAUUUUCAAUCAUAUUAGAGCUAUAAUAUUAUUCAUUUUGAACUAUUCUAUCUUUAUAUUUACAAUUAGUGAAUACAUUUUAGUAUAAAUCAUUUUAUUCGUUUUAUUAUUUAAAAUGUUACUCUAAUUGCAUAGAAUCUAUUGAACAAUCAUUAAAACAAUUAUAGAUUCUAGGUAGAUUCUUAGUUGAAUCAAUCUUUUGUAGGUUCUAAAAAUAUUUGAGCCAGACUCAGUCUAAUUGUAAAUAUGAGCAGGGUUUUAAUGUCCAGUAAUGGUGGUGCUAUUAAUUGGUCGGUAUGUUGUGUUCUACUUAUUGAACUGAUUGUUGUAAGGUUGAUGAGAUAUGUUGGUCCCACCUCAUGAACGAAAAUCUCUUCUUUUUUGUUAAAAUGAUAUUUUUAAUAUAUGAUUUUUACGUCAAGCCAUGUGUGUUUUUGUCUUGGCAUUGUUUUUUAUAAUUUAUUGUUUUAAAAAUAAUUACUACAACACUAACUUGGCAAAUUUCUUUUAGUGUUUAAUUGUUGCUGAGACUGUAGCAGGUGUUCUCAAUCUUAUUAUUGUUUUCAAUUAUACAUUGUUCUCUGAAAAGAUCUCAUGAAGAAUCACUUGUCCAAUCAACGUAGGUUGAAAAUAUUUAUUUGAUCUGGCGAUGGACUCCAUCAUUUGUGCAACUCUAUUCAUUCUUACAAAUCAACAGACAUUUUUCCGAAUUUAUCAAUUUUUUCCACUUAUUACUGUAAUAAUAUAUGUAAGUUAUUUAAAGAAUCAAAACUCGGCUUUAGAGAUUUUAGAGUCAGGUUUUCUAAUAUAAUGAUUCAUGAUUGACUGUUUCCAAUUCCACUGCAUUGUAACGGUCUGCCAUAAUUGAAUUUAAUAUUAGUAAGAGUAGAACAAAUUAAUGUCUUUUAUUGCUUAUACCUAAUUAGAAAAUUAUUCCUGAAUAUUUUUGCUAAAAGUCUAUGUUUAGCCUUGAACCUAUUUCUAAAGCAUAUUGGACUCCACUUGCCUGUAUAUUGAAUGAAUAUGUUCACUGCACUCAUCAAUGUUAACUUUGUUGUUGUGUGUCGCUAUGUGAUUGGCUGUGUUCAAAUCAAAUAUUUUUAUACAAUUAAUCUACUUUUAACUCAGGCAUUAUAAAUGGAAUACGUAAUUAUUUAAAUCUCGGACUGCUAUAGACAUUUAUAAAUAUUUCUCUUUUAACCAACUUACUUUAUGUGUCAUUACUACCAUUAUAGAAAAUAUAUGUGAUAAGUUUAGAUAAUAGAAUAUGUCAAUGUUGAAUCAUUGAUAUUGCUUAUUAUGACAUCUAGAUUAUUGAUUGGUGCCUAUAUAUUAUAAAAGCAUUCUUACAGGCUUAUUUUAUAUAUGUUCUAUGUUUUAAUGACAAUUAAUUUAUGUGAUAAUUUGAUAAUUAUAUUAUAAUCAUUUUAUUUUUUAUUUCAACUUAUACAAUGAACUGGCUGAUGAAUGCAAACAUUUAAAUGAAUUAUCAUUUUGGAUAUUUAUUUCUGUCGUUUAUAUUAUUCUAAUAAAUUUUAUAUAGUUGGUUGGCAACUACAUAAUUUUAUGAUAUCUUUCGUAAAAUUUAUAUUUUGGAUUAUAUUGAAAGCAUCGCUUCAUCAAUUGCAUUUAUGUACUUAUAAUAAUUAACAUAAAAUUUGCAGCUCAGCCUUCAAUCUAUAAUUGGAUAUUUGGUGUAGCUUGCGUUAUGCAUUUUGAAAGUUUAGAUAUCAUAGUGAAAUCUUGUUGUAUGGCUUACAUAGUUUUCUCUGUAAAAAUAAUGAUCAGAUACAGAGUCUAAAAGCCAUAAAUUUAAGAAUACAUAGCUGUUAUCUAUAAUAAUCAUUUUGAUAGUUAGAUCUUUAAUUGUAUGGGUUAAUAUAUUUCUAAAAGCUACUAAUAUCAAUUCAACUGAAUUCAUCAACUAUUAGAAUCUUUGUAGACUGUGUUAAAUAUCUUGAAAGGGAGUUGGGAAAUCUUUGAAAACCUUAAUAAAUCAAAAUAAUCUAGAUUUUUUGCUGGAAUGUGCGGUACCUGAACAUUAUUUCUGUAGAGUUUUAUUCUAGUAGAAAUUUUGGUGAAAUCAGCUUGAAUGGUUAUUGUAGAAAAUGUAGUUCAUGUGCAAUUGAGAAAUAAAAUUGAUUAUAUAUCAUGAA